GGCGAAGCUAAAUAUAUCCGCGUAGGUGUUAUACGAGCGACGAGGUUGACGCGAACGUUCGUCAGGAGGAUCUGCGAGACGAGACGAGACGUCGACCGAAAUUCCGAUCGCCGGGGUAACCGCGAUCCGGUCAAAGUCACCCGACACCCCGAAAGCUCGCCGGUGAAAGCCCGGCGCUUCUUGUCCGCCGCAGGGUCUCAGAACCCGGUCGCAUCACGUGUCCGAAGGUUGAAGAAGAGGGCGAGAAACGUCGGCUUGCGGGUCAGGAAUCGGAACCGAGACUUCCGGAGACUCGAAGGAUUCCGCACAGAGCGCGUGAUCGUCGCGCGAUUCCAAAAAUCGAGCAUCAAUUCCGUCCCGGCGAUAAAGUCUGACGUAAUCCUCACGUGGCUACCGGCGAGAAUUUAGAUUACGAAAUGAACAUCCAGAAACCGGAGGGUCUGCUGUCUGUGGUGCUGCCAAGCGAUCUGCUAGCGUCGCCCAGUUCACAGGAGCUUUUGCCUCGGGACGAAGAGACGUCGGAUUGUCCACUUCUGACGCCGAGUCCUCCACCAGGUCAAAUGUUCAGUCCAUUGGAAAACACGGCAAUUUUCAGCCCUCUUGAGGGAAACCCGCUAGACAUGACUUCCGGACAGACUUUGGGUAAUUUCAAUUCCGAAAACGGUCUGAACGGAUAUAUAAACCUAGUCACGCUCAACAGUUCCAGUAAACCUCUCAACGACGAACCCAGCUCUAGAGAUCCAAUGGUAGAGUCUAGCAGUAGUAGUGCCAGCAGUAGCGGAGAUAACGAACCCGUUUGUACCCAGCUCCUCACGCAGCUUAACACAGCGUACCAACACCUUGCUCCAGAUGCACAGGCUCUUUUUUACAACCAGGAGAACGGCGGAAAACCCCCUUUGGUGGGAAUUCAGCUAGCUGUCCAAAAAACUCCGAAGGACUACCGUUUCAUGGCAUGGAACUGGCCGCUUAUUCGCAAGGCGUGCUUUUGGUCUUUCAUGUCAUUUCUUGUCGGUUGUGUGGCGCUGGUCAUCGGCAUAAUUACCACAAUGCCCAAGAGAUGCGAUCCACCAGUCGAAUGGUGGCAGGGAAGUGUCUUCUACGAAAUAUUCCCGGCUUCGUAUCAAGAGUCUUCGAAAAUUGGUGACGGGAUCGGAGAUCUGAAGGGAAUCACGAACCGGCUGGACUACUUGACGGAUCUCGGUGUGCGAGUCAUUAGACUGAAUUCCAUAUUCCCGGCGCCGGGAUAUCCCGAGCAUUACGGGAACGUGACGACGCUUCUCGACAUCGACAAGCACCUAGGAAAGCACGAGGACUUCGACAAUCUGCUGCUGGCUAUACAUCGAAGGAACAUGUCGCUGGUUCUGGACCUCCCUCUGCACCCCUACAUAACGUCAAAUUUCAAUGACGGGAACUCCCACACUGGUAAAUCAAGUAAAAAGGACAAAGCUGUGAGAGAAAGAAGAGACGAGAGUGCUUCGGUGCUUCCCACAGUUUUCCCGGUACCCGAACCAACCUCCCUUGAGUCCAUCAGGAACAUCCUCACCUCGGUACCACCGCCGCUGGAUCCCGAGCCCGUAACGGAAGUUGCAUCGGCUUCCGAAGAGCAGGAGAAGGAUCACCCGGUGACCGAGGCCAUCAAGUUUUGGCUCGAAAAAGGCGUCGACGGUUUCUACCUCAAGGGACUCGAGCACUUCGUCAAAGAAACGAGCUUCGUCGAGUUGGUCAGGCAUUGGAAGUCGCUGGUGGGACCAAACAGGAUCCUCAUCUGCAGCAUCGAGGUACUGGACAUCGCGCCGUCCGGACCCUCGGAGAACGUGAUUCUGGAGAGGUUCGACCUCGUUGACGUCACCUUGAACUUCGAGAACGGGACAACUGGGCUCAAGAGUCAAGUUGACGCCGUUUUGAACGGCGCGUUGUUCCGGAAACCGGGAUAUCCUUGGGUUCAUUGGAGCGUUGGGGGUGUUGACACGGGACGAAUUGCGUCCAUUCUCAACAGCACUCUCAGUACGAACAAUGCAAGCAUAGCCGCGUCUCUUCUGGGCAUGAUGCUACCCGGAACUCCGAGUAUAUUUUACGGAGAUGAGAUUGGUAUGCUGAAUUGCGAUAGCGAAGAUCAUCAGGACAUCAAGCAUGUUCAUAAUCUUUCGCCAAUGGAUUGGGAGGAGGUUACGGACGGGGACAAAUUCUGUUCCGAUAUCAUUCCAUGGCUUCCCAAACCCCCAAAACCCGUAAAAACUACACUCGUUGGGGCAAUUCGCGCUAUGGCAAGACUUCGUUCGCAGGUACCGACGAUUUACAUCAAUGCGGUAUACAAGGAUCACCAAAUUAACGGGAAUUGCGGAAUUAGGUACACGGCGGAUGAUCUGCUGGUUAUCGAGCGUUGGUAUCCUCGACGUAACUCGUACGUAAUGGUGGCUAACUUCGGGUCAAAAAAUCGUACCAAAGAUUUGUCUUCUCUUUACUAUGGCGGACACGUCGUUGUCGGUGGCGUAAACCAAAUCAACCACACUGUCUACUUCAAAGAGCUCAAUAUUCUCCCCGGUGAAGCCUUUGUCAUCAAGCUGGACAAGUGAGAUAACGAUCGGGAAAUCUUUCCUAUAACCUUAUCUUUUAACAGUAAAUUUUACCGUUGAUUGAAGCGCAGAUUUCGAAAAGUCUUGCGAAUUUUACUGUUGCUCGCUGGCGAGCAGAGAUCUCCUGGUUUCGAUGUAUUCGUUUUAUACCUCUCGAUAAACCCGGAUCGUUUUACUUCGGCAAUUUCCACAUUCCAUGAGGAAGAUUGUAUACCUGUGUUAUUUGAGGGUGGCCACUCCUCUGGAAAACUGGGGCAUAUCAGGGAAUUUCUUUUGAUAUGAAAAAGUGAGGAAGACUUCAGGGAAUUUCAAAUACUUGCAAUUUAUCCUGGAAAUCCCGUGAAAUAUGGUGUUCAAUCCGGUCUACAAAUUUUUGAACUAUUGCUGGUUAUUUAAACUAGCUGUUCAUAAUUUUUCUCACUCUCUGUGCUCACUCAAAUGUUUUUUUAAAUUCUUACUGCAAUUCUUAAUUAUUAUAAUUAUGGAUUAUUUCAUAAAGACGAUAACGAUGAUAUUCAGAAUAAUUAUGAAUAUGUAUUCGUAAGUUUUAAUCUUUAUGUUUAUCGGUAGUUACAAUUUUCUAUUUCUUAUGAAUGAAAUAUUUUCCAAGAUUUUUACAAGUACGGAAAAGGUGUUGCGAGAUGCGAUAUGUUAGGGAAGAUGCGUAAUUUCAGGGUCAGGGUAACUGCAAAUUUUGCAAAACCAAAUUGAGUGAUUACUCUCAAUUUGUUUUGAAAAUUAUCAUAAUUGGAAUUCGAUUAUGGGCAACAAUAUCGGCCAGGUUGCGUGAUUUUUUUAUUACAAUGGUCACCAAUUGUUUUCAAUUAUGAAUAAAAUAUGGAUAACGCACGUCAGUCAGCUCGACUGAAUGUUCAAUUUUAUCAGAGAUUAUUCAACAAAUAAGAAAUUCCAAUUUUCUACAACUCAUGAAACUCGUAGAGACAAAAAUACUAAAAAACCUUCCCUGGCGGAUCCCGUCCCACUGAAAUGGAACUGAAGUUGCACUUGGAUUUCACUUUGAUUACACUUGGAUUUCACGGUGUAGUUAAGAAAUUUUUACACUGUAUUUUCCACUGUAAUUGCAUUAAAAACAUACCCCGUAAACUACCAUCGAAAAAUCACAGAAAUAAAAAUUUCCGACUCCAUCGCUGGAAUAACACUGACGAUUGAAAUUUGAAUUGAAUUCUAAAUUCAUACUUAUAACUGAAAUCACACUUGAAAUCUACUGAAAUUAAAUAAUGCGAAAAUAUUUUAUUAAAAAAAAAAAAAAAAAAUUAUGAAUGGUGAUAUUUUGGUGAUACCAGAUUUCCUGGGUGUAAUUUUGAUGAAACCGCAGUGGAAAAAUUUCACGACUGCACCGAAGAAUUGAAUGGUAUUUGAGUGAUUACCUGGAAUAUCACUCUAAUAUCACUAAUUUUAAGAUCAACUGAAAAAACAAUAUUAUAACGCAGUGGAACCGAAUCAAUCAGGGUUCCUACUAUUGUCGGAUUGCACUUUGCUUUGUUCAAUUUUUACCAUUUUUUGGUACCAAACUUAAGAGAUAUAGUUUAGUGCUUCUUGCCAAGAGAAUGGGACAUCCUAAACUAUAUUAAUUUGUUGAACUCAACCUGAAACAUAUGCAGUGAUUCAAAGUUGGAACGUGCAGAAAAUGAAAACUAGUUCAGAUUUGCCUAUCAAAUUGAGAUGCCGAUUUGGCAUAUUUAAAACCCGUGAAAACACUUUGGGUUAUUUUUCUUUUGAAAAAAAUCAUAUUCUAUAUCUACGUGUGAAAGAAUGUGAACAAAAUAUAAAUGAACUGGAGAGCUUCUUCGAGCGAAUUUCAUUUGCGCAUUGACUUUUCAUACAUUACAAAUAACUUUUGUAUUCUCAUUCUUCACUUUUUACUCUCGUAUAUCAUCAUCCAAGUUGAACCCGACUAUACAUUUAGAUUGUUAACAAUUUUAUAUGAUGUAAAUUUUCGGAAUUUGACAGAGGCAUGUUGAAAACCACCUCUACGUAAAUGUGACACAUAGAUCUGUCCUUUUGACUCCAAUGUAUGUACACUUUUCGCACAUACCUAUACAAAAGAGAGGGAGAAAAACAAUGACGAACAAACCUAAUUUCAUACUUGUUUUAUACUACAAAUGCGAAUUGAUUGUUUGGUACAAUUAAUAUAUAUUAUUUACAAUAAUUGUACCGAAGGAUAUCUAUGACUUAUUCUAUUUUGAUGAAAUACUUAUUGAAACACUUUUUAAAGUAUUUUUGUGGACAUGAGAAAUCUCCAAUAUUAUGCCACUAGUACCUGCUCAGAAUACAGGCAUAUUUGUUACAUGUAUUAAUAGAACUGUAGAUAAAAUUAUGGUGACAAAAAGCAAAGAACACACACAAUAUGCCAAUGAAACGUUUAUAGCAAUUAUAUGCUCGUAUGUUCAAUUAUAUUUGAUUUCGAGGGUGAGCUACGAACUCGAAAACGAAUAUGAUGUUCGUGUAAAGACAAAGUAUUUAUUUUGUUGUAUAAAUUUUUUGUUAGGUAAAAAAAAUAAUCAAUUAUAACAGCAAUUGCUGUAACGAAUUAAAAACACGAGGGGAUACGGAAUAACAAUUUGCGAUAGUAAGACAUUGAAACAAUUUGCUCAACUGUGAAUUGUAAAAAAAAUUAAAUAAAUCCAAUCGAUACAUUCUGAUAAAUGCGAUAUUUGAUGCUUGCCAGCUUUCUCGCAAGCGCUAUCAUUCGCCGCUUCUAAGUAUAUAUACACACGAGCACCUUCGCGUAAAGCGGAGUUCCCUCAAGCCUCACCGCGGAGCCACAAGCGGGUCCGUUAGUGACUCACACACAGCUCUGAGGAAGGUCCUCGGAUUCUUGACAGAAAGUGUCGUAACGUUAAGUUGCUAGCCUCCGUCGUCUACCCGACAAGGUGAAAGGAAGCUUCGGCUGAUCCCCGAGUAGGGCGCGAGAGUAUUGGUCACAGUACAGCUAUGUGAGGAUGGCACGCGUGCGUCACGCGCGCUCGCGUGUACAACUUAACGAGGCCUAUUCCGAGGAAACUCCUUUUUUUUUGCUAGAUGUGAGACGAUUAAGGCAGGCUACGUUCGGUCUGGUGCGUGAAAAACGAAGAAAUGAUGCAACAAGGCCGGCUACUUGUUUACUCGACCCUCGAUUGUUAGAAAUUUGAAACUAGGGGUUUCUGAGCUCCUAACCAUUUUCAACUUUUAAUAACCCGCUUUUUUCGCAAAAAAAAAAAAAAAGAAUAAGACAAGUUUUUGUAAUCAAAUGAAUUUUUUGUGCUACGAAAUCUAGAGGACGAUUUGGAUAAUUUUGUUCUCAAUCGACCGGGCUUUUCUUAACUUAGAAAUGAUUGAAUUUUGUAUUUUUAUCAACAAUGCAGCUCUCGAAUUAUUUGAAUAACAAAAAUUAAAUUUUUAAUUCAUUUGUGAAUAUAUUAUGGGCCUGAAACGCAUCCUGGCCCCAUAGAAGUCAGCCAACUUAACCACUUGUUUAAUUCCAAGUUUAACCACGUAAUCAAUGUUCUCAAAAACUCUUGGUUACAUUAACUUUUGCAUUUUCGAUAACCGUGUUGUAAAGUAAAACGUGUGUCCCAAAUGGGUAAACAGUCAGCGUGUUUGCAUCAUUACGGCUCCGUUAAUAUCGGGAUAUAGAAAUUUCACUUAUUCUUUGCUAUCCUAAUUUUUCGUGCACAAUACCGUGACCGACUCACGUACGAUCACCUGCAUGUAUAAAUGCCGAUGGUGCUAACUUGAAAAAUAUGCUGAGGCCUAUUGUUGGGUUUAGGUAUAAGCAAUCCACUGUAGCCGUAGAAGUAUAGUUAGCGUUAUAGUUAGAGCUCAAAUAGCGUGCCAAAAGACACUUGAGUUGCGGACUUCUGUGUUCGGUUCGUUCAUUUAUUUAUAUUAUUAUGUUAUUUAUUUAUUGCGGACCUGCGAGGAAAACUCUGUAUGGAUUUUUAUAAAAUAUUCAUUACGAUGUUUCAAUAACUUCAAAAUUAACAAAAACUUGAGAAUAGAACGAAAAACAACAAUCGAUUACUAGAUCACUGUAAUAUUAAGUAUACACCGUAUAACAAAGAUCGUCGAGUUAACGAUCACCUUUUGCAUUUAUACAUCACGAUAAAACUUGUGAUCAUUGUUUUUGAGGAGUUUUUCUCGUACGAUUGCAAUAAUAUUAUAGCUACUUUACAAUUGAUUUGAAUCUAGAAAAGUAAGUGCUUAUAAUUUGCUUACUUCGAUGAGGACAUAGUUCAUGAAUUAUUAUGUAUGUAUUUACAUGUACAAAAGAAUGAAUCGUUUCUUUGCUGUAGUGUAAAUGCACAUUGUAACAUUACAUACAGAAGUUAUGUAUGCUUGUGAAGCAUUUUGGUGAAAAUAUUUUUACAACUUACAGGGAAAUAUUAAUCUGUGUUUCUUUUUUUUUCUAAUUUUUAAUACAAACAAAGUGAUGUACACAUUUAUACGUUGAUUAUGUAGAUCAAUAGUGUGCACAGACUGCACUUAAUGUUAACUAACAUAUUUUAGUUUAUUGUAUCUCACGUAACUACUGCCGUGAUGAAUUCGAAAUGUGAAAACUGGAUAAUCAGUGACAAUGUAAAUGUGUAAAUAAAUGUUUAACCAUCAGCCAUAAAA